AUGGGGAAGGCGGAGGAGAUCACGACGCGGCAACCGACAGUCGUGCAUCUUCCAGUGGAGGAGGCACGUGGGGCCAUCGUUCGUAUGAUUCGGCGCCACAAUGCGGUGGUUAUUGUGGGUGAAACGGGGUCUGGCAAGACGACGCGGAUUCCCCAGUACGUGUGGGACGACCUGGUCGCGCAGGCGCCGCCAGGGCAGCAGGGCAUCGUGGGCUGCACGCAGCCGCGCCGUGUGGCGGCGGUUAGUAUCGCUCGCCACGUGGCAGAACAGCGCGGGGGACGCGUGGGGGGCGAGGUGGCGUAUGCUGUGCGCUUUGACGACACCUGCAGCAGCCAAACCCGCAUCAAGUACAUGACGGAUGGCAUUCUCCUUCGUGAGAUUCAGGCGGACCCGGAGCUUUCACGCUAUCGCUGCUUGCUGCUUGACGAGGCCCACGAGCGCACGCUUCACGGCGAUGUGCUUUUUGGCCUUUUAAAAGACAUUGUUCGGAGGCGGAAAAAAGUCCUGAAUAUUGUUGUCAUGUCAGCCACGCUGAACGCAGAGCACUUUUCGAAGUUUUGGUGGAAUGCCCCUAUCGGUGUCGUCCACGGCCGGUCGUACCCUGUCACGAUCUUCCACACGGUGGAGCCCCAGGCAGACUACGUGGAGGCCGCCGUGAGCACGCUUCUGCAGAUUCACGAAAAGGAGGAAACGGGGGAUGUCUUGUGUUUUCUAACUGGGCAGGAAGAAAUUGAGGAUGCCAAGCGCAUCUUGGAACGACGAAUGAAGCUGAUGCCGAGCACCCUUCAAGACCUCACGGUGCUAACGCUUUAUUCUGCCAUGCCCUACGAACAGCAACUCCGCGUCUUUGAACCCUCGUUGCCGUGCAAGCGAAGGGUCAUUCUGGCAACAAACAUUGCAGAGACGUCUAUUACCGUGGAUGGUAUUAAGUACGUGGUGGACAGUGGGGUGGUGAAGGCAAAGUACUUCAGCAGCAAAACCGGGAUGGAGUUGCUGUCCGAAGUUGACGUUAGUAGGGCCCAAGCGACGCAGCGUACAGGGCGAGCGGGACGUAUGACAGCAGGGAAGUGCUUCCGUCUCUACACCGCGCAGGCGUUUGAGUCUUUGGCAGAAAAUACGGUGCCGGAAAUUCAACGGAGCUCACUUGUCAGUGUCGUACUGCAAAUGAAGAGCCUCCGCAUCGACCGCAUCAUGGACUUUGAAUUUAUGGAUGCCCCUGACCCCAAAUCUGUGGCGAAAGCUGAAGAGACGUUGAUGCUGCUUGGUGCGUUGGAUCGCCACGGUCGCAUCACACGCCUCGGACAACGCCUGAUAGAUUUUCCCAUUGAGCCCAUGGCCGCCAUAGUGCUCUUGGCGGGGAAAGCCAUGGGUGUUGAACGCGACGUCACCGUCGCCGUUGCCAUGACAUGUACUGAGAAUCUUUUUGUUACAUCUCGUGAGGCGAAGGACGGAGCUGACCGCUGCAAGGCUGCCUUUGCCAAGUCCGCAGGCGAUCAUGCGACCUUGCUUAGCAUCUAUUACGCCUACAAGCGUGUCCCGAAGGAGCAGCGCAGGAUGUGGUGUGAGUCGAACGCGCUCAACCCGAGUCAGAUGCUCAAGGCGGAGGAUGUCAUGACACAACUUGAGGCGAUCCUGAACGAGCACAGUGAUGAGGCGUUGUUGUCAACCUUGCUGCGGAGCCUCCCACAUGCGGGGGACAAGGACGCCACUUUCCAGCGCAAGCGCCGCCGUGACGGUGCAACUGCUGUAGCAAAGGAAGAUGGAGCAUGCGAACUGCCGAACGGACACACGUCGAGUACGGCGAAGUUGCGCGAUUUUGAACUGCUUCGACGAGCGCUUUGCUACGGACUUUCACUCAAUGCCGCUUUCUUUAACGCCGAGAUCGGCAACUAUCAGACGGUGGUGGGCCAGCAAGUGGUGCACCUUCACCCGUCCUCGGUUCUCUUUGCGCAGCGCAGAAAGCCGGCCCUGGUGGUUUUUAACAGCGUGGUGCGCACGACGAGGCAGUACAUGAAAGAUGUUUCUGUGGUGCAGGAGGACUGGCUUCGCGACGCAGCCUCUUUUUUGAGGCCUGUACAUUGA